AUGCUAAAUCUUAGGGUGAAAUUAAUAACACCACCUAGGGUUGCUGCAAAUGCCGAACAAUUGGAUAGAGUUGGUCCUGUAAACAAUCUAUUACAUUCGUUAUUUAAUCAAGUGGAUGUCUAUUUUAAUCAAAAAGUUGUAUCUCCACCCAGUAAUUCUUAUGCUUAUCGGGCAUACAUUGAAACUCUACUUCACUAUGGUACUGCUGCUAAAAAUAGUCAUCUGACUACCUCUCUUUGGUAUAAUGACACACCUGGAAAAAUGGAUGAUUUCGAUGAAAAUGUGGGAUUAAAAGCUCGCCAAAAAUAUUUAAGUGCUGGUAAAUCUAUUGAUCUUAUUGGACACCUGCACUGUGAUGUUUUUAACCAGGACAAAUUUCUUAUCAAUGGUGUGGAAUUGAGGCUACGACUAGUACGCUCAAAAGAUUUAUUCUGUCUUAUGGAUGGCACAAAUGGCUGUAGUAUAAAUAUUGAGGAAGCCUCACUAGUUGUGCGUCGAGCAAAAAUUAGUCCCGGUAUUCUAUUAGCUCAUGCAAAAGCUCUAUCGCAUGGUGCUGCAAAAUAUCCUAUUACACGUGUCGAGGUGAAAGCUUUGUCUCUACACUCAGGCGUUCACUCUGAAACGCUUGAUAAUGUUAUUCUCGGUCAAAUGCCAAAAAAGAAUAAUAAUUGGGCUUGUGGACAAUAUUGCAUUCAACGGAAACGGAAGCAAAAAUCCUUUUAA